AUGGCGAAUGACCAGCUAAUCCUAGCUCUCUCCUUUCAGAGGCUUGCGUAUUUCGAGCUCAAGCAGAUAGAAUAUAAUUCCCGUCGUCUUUUACAUCACCACAUCAUUGCAGAGGCAUCAAUCGAUGCCAGCGCAUUGAGGAAUAUGCAAGGCAGCCUCAAUUCCGUGGAGUUUUUGGUUGAGAUUCUUAUGGUCAAGCUGCAGCUGCCAUUGAUUCAUAGAGUAACAGGACAUGUUCACAUAUCUACGAAUCCUAAAUUAUGCUACUCUACUCGCGCCACAGUUGCGAAUGCACACCGGCUCCUGUAUCUUUGCAUGGGUCUGGAUCAAGACGUGGACCUCAAGAGGAUAUGUAUUGACAUCCCUGCAACCUGGGAAGGCAUCAUGGCUUGUGGGAUUCUCCAGAAGCAGGGCAUUGCUACCUUAGCCACUGCGGUGUUCAGCUUGGAGCAAGCUGCCCUCGCCGCACUUCUUAAUUGUACAUAUGUGUCUCUCUUCAUCAAUGAGCUCAAAGUGCACUUUAGGCAAGGAUAUGUCGACUACGAAAACACGUCUCAUGAGGUUUGCCGACAAAUUCAUGCGCUUUACAUGUACAUGCAAUCCUCAACUGAGAUUAUGGCUGCGUCGUUUACCUCUGUUCAAGAUGUUAUGGAUCUAGCUGGCACACGACACAUUAUAGUCUCCCAGAGGCUGCUGUAUGAACUCAGGUCAAUCAACGCCGAUGCGUGGUAUGGUCAGCUUGGGGCUUAUUUUGCUCGGGCGCCUGCAGGAGACCAUUGGGAGACUAGAGAUUGGAGGCCGCUCAUGGUUUCUAAGGAAAGCGCAUGGAAACUUGCCUUCGCGAGAAGUGGUUUCGGCAGAAACGAGGCGAAGACAAUACAAGCCAUCAACUACCUCUGCGACUUCCAAGACCAACUGGAGCAGCUGGUGGCACUGAUAAUCGCCGCCAACCAACCCGCAGAAAAUUUGGGUGCAACGACACAUUGA